CUGCUGUACUAGGACAGCCUGUGUUUAGCAGCCACACUGGGGGCCGCUGCAGCUGAAGUCGCACACAAACAGGCAGUGUAGUCGACCACCGAUACUCCCCGAUAGACAGCGAGGGGCCAGCCUACAGCUACCUGUCCGGAGGCUCGCUGACAGGCUCACAAGUCCCACAUUAGUUUGCUCGGACAGUGUUUUGUUUUUAACCACUGGACCCCAUGGCUGGCAGUGAGGAUAUCUUUCUCAGGGCUAAACACCGGACAUUCAGCGGACUGACUGAAGAUGCAGAGUGUGAGUGGACGGGACCAUUUUGCUUCAUCCAGGCUGCAGACCCCCAGCUGGGGCUGAUGAAGGCCUGGAAGGACGGCGACUGCGAUGGUGGAGGGGAGGAAUGGGCCGAGGAGGUCGAGCUCACCAAGCAGGCUGUGGAGGCCGUAAACCACCUAAGACCCAGGCCGAGGUUCAUGGUGCUGUGUGGCGACUUGGUCCAUGCCAUGCCAGACACUCCAUUCAGGCAAGGUCAGGAGCGAGACCUGAAGGCAGCCUUGAAGGGGACAGAUCCCUCCAUCCCACUGGUAUUUGUCAGCGGGAACCAUGAUCUGGGCAACACUCCCACCCCCAGGACAGUGGAGCAGUAUUGCAGCGCUUGGGGGAAUGACUAUUUCAGUUUCUGGGUGGGUGGAGUCUUCUGCCUGGUUCUGAACUCCCAAUUGUUCUAUGAUGCCUCGGCCUGCCCUCAGCUGAAGGAGGCCCAGGAGACGUGGCUGGAGGAGCAGCUGAGCAGAGCCUCCUCCUCAACGGAACCCAAACCCAAACACGUCCUGGUGUUCCAGCACAUUCCUCUGUACCUAAAGACCCCCGAUGAGGAGGAUGACUACUUCAACCUGCAAAGGGGAGUCAGACAAAACCUGCUGGACAGGUUCAAGAAGGCAGGGGUGAAAGCGGUCUUUUCCGGCCAUUAUCACCGAAACGCCGGCGGUUGCCACGGCGGCCUGGACAUGGUGGUGAGCUCGGCCAUCGGUUGCCAACUCGGCGAGGACACCCACGGCGUGAGGGUGGUGGUAGUGACUGCCGACGAUGUCAUCCAUCGCUACUACAGCCUGGAGCAGCUGAGAGCGCGAGGCAUGGACGAGGAACUCAGGAAGCUCCUGCAGGCCUGAGGGCCAAUGGAGGGAAAAUCAGGGAAAUGUAUUUUUUUAUUUAUACAGUUUUGAGCCCCUAUUCUUAGACACAACUUCUUAAACCAACAAAGAUGCAUUUACCUGCCAACCACACAUUAUAAAGUGUACAGAAUAUUAUUAUUAGGAAUGUCCUGAUCCGAUCUCAACGAUUGGUAUCGGCGCCGAUCAAGGCAUUUCUUAACUGAUUGGUAUCUUCAGCUCUUUGUUGCUGUUUCUCUUCCCCUGCUCUGUGUGAGAGAGCGGUAGAUAUCCGACACAAGCACACUCAACACGCCACUGCAGGUGCAACAGAAGUCCUGCGAACAAAAAACCAAUAAGAGUAACUUAUGAAUGUAAUCCGGGUAAAAGGUGUAGAGACGACGGAAAUAAACCCUCAGCAAAAUGCAGUUCAUUCAGGUAACUCAGGUAAAAGCUGCACUGAAGCACCAAACACUGGAGAGAGAAACUCCCUCCAGACAGCGACAAGAACAAGAAGAUUACAGAGGGUUUGUUAUUUUAUACUUCAUUGUAUAAAAAAAAACAUUAAGCUUCGAUGCAGGCAUUUUUUUUGCUAAUGCAAUGCAGAGCUAUAUCGGAUUGAUUUGAAUCAUUUUAAUGUACUCAAAGUGUGCAAUGGGCAUGUAUCGGAUCGGUACAGAUACUCAAUAUUAAAUGGACUUGGAUCGGAUCAGGGGCUACUUAUGAUAAAAUUGAAUUGAGUUUAUUUUCUCUCUCUUCUGAAUGUUUUCCUAGGAGCAUCUCUGCCCUAAAAGGGGCGCACAAACAUCGUUCAGUGUGUUCUAAAACUAGUGGUUCUUUUGUGGGGAAGCACAACCUUUACUGCACAGUCCUCCUGUAUCAGAAGGAGGCUGACACUCGGUCUGUCUGUCCAGUGUAAAUGUUAAGAGUUACGCUAUGGUAAAGGCAAAUGUUGUCGGUGUAACUUUAAAUGUAUACAAACUGUAAUGGUAAAGGAAGAUUCCACCUCAAACACUGAAACCUCAUUCAAAGUAGCUCAAAAUAAUUGAUGUGGUUUCACUGUGCAUUUAGUAGCUUGGUGCUACAGUUUUCUUCCUGUUUCUGUAGGUAAGCGUGUUCUUGAUAGGUACAGGGCUUGUGUGAUAAUUUCACAAGGAAUGUUCUUUAGGCUGUUGAAAAGCAUCAUGGGAAAUGUAGGAAACCACUAAGGUCCAGUUCUUUAUCCUAAAAUGACUACAGGACUGCACAAAAAGACACAGGUUUAUGCUAUCUAACAGUGUGUGAGGAUAAAAGGGUGGAAUCCUCCUUUAGUGUUGCUAAAUAGCUAUUUCUAGUUCGCUGUUGUUGCAGUCUAAUGACUUGUUGGCCAUCCUAUGCAAGCUAUUCAAAUCACUAUAUUGUGUGUGUUUUUGUUUUAUGUUCAACGUGGUACAUUGUUGUCCCCUGGAAGAUGUGGAGCUAACUGCUGACCUCUGAUCAGACUUUGAGUUGUCUGUUUAUAGCCCUUUACACUGCCCCUACAGGCAAAAGAUGACUGUUCUGAGAAGCGUUUUUUACUGCCUAGCUAGUAUACUGUUUUACAUAUGUGUUUGAAUAUAUGUUGAGAGAUUAUACUUAAUCCAUAUUAAUUAUAGCAAAAGACAAUCUUGUUUUUGACAAACUGAUUUUAAAGUUAGAAUCCUUAAGAACUAAAACUGAUUCACUGUAAUUGUAAAUGAUUGUUGUCUUGUUUUGUAGCAUUUUUGAUGAAGAGUGUCGGCACUAACCUCCAUGGUAAUUUCCACUGCCUUUCCUGUAACUACUUACCAAUAAAAGCCAGUUAUACACUUUUAACGUAACGCGGCAGCAGUAGGAAAUGUUUGGUUCGCAUUAGCAGCUUUGAUACAGAGCAAGGAGAGUAAACAGUGACGCUUAAUUACAUACAUGAUUUCAUGUGAAUCUCCUGUGCGUGUGGAGGGAAUUCGAAGCCAGCGCAUGAAUGUCGGACCCCGCCACUAACAAGGAAAACUAUUAUAUAAAGAGGUAAUUAGUAUUGCAGAGCUUAGUAUUGCAGAGCUUAUUUGUGCCCAAAUCUAUUACUCCUACAUUACUCCAAUACAGAUAAAUUACUAAGGGGUGCAUGUUGCAAUAUCCAUUUGGUUUCUUCUAGUUACUUGUUUAUGAAAGCGUAGAUCAAACUGACUGGGUUUCCCUCACGGUAAUGUUUUUGUGAUGAGAAUAUUUCAUCAUUGGAUCAGUUUAAAUCAAAAUUUAUGAUGCAACACUUCACAUUUAAAUCACACCUAAUCGGUUUAAUCUGCUUGGGAUCCUUGCUGUGAACUCACACAGAAGUGCUCAGUGCAUAAAAUGAAUAAAGUGUUGGUGAUUAAUGGGAGGAGCACAGUAUUUCCUGACUGUUUAGUCAUAGCUGAAAUAACCUCACAGUGUCACAGCCUACUAGCUGCAGGCUUAUUUGGGAGCUCACAGUCCUGAAAUUGUCUUUAAAAUGGACAUUACUGCAACAAAAUGACUUUCUCUGUGAGCCCUAAAUGACUCUACUCGAUUACACUUUCCACACACACACACACACACACACACACACACACACACACUCACACACUCAGACUCUCACACUCGCCCUGACCGACUGGGAAUUUAAGAGAGUUGUCAUGGCAACCCUCUAGCAACACAUCUGUGUGUCUGAGUGUUAGAGAGAAAGUGCAUGUACUCCCUGUCUGUGUGUGUGUCCGUCCGUGGUCUGGUGGGUACUGUAGGUGAUUUUCCAUCAGCGACGCAAUCGCUGACCUCAUUUCACACCGACGGAUCCUGUCUCUUUUCCAAAAAGUCAGCAUGUGAUGGAGGGAGGAGGGGGUGUCUGAGAGGAAUGGAUAAUGAGCGUAAUGUGUGAAAGACGACUCAGUCCAUCUCCUUCAUUUCCUGUUUGAGAAGGAACCUUAUGUCCUUAUCUAUUUUUAUAUCCUCAUGGUAGCUGAGCUCAAUCACAUUGUUCUUUAUCUUUUUGUGUGUGUGUGUGUGUGAAUUUGAUUUAGAGCACAUUUGCUCUAUGAAUUGGGGAACAUCACACGCUUUGACUUGUUCCUGUGUUGAAUUCUAGUGAAUGACCAUACCAAACAAUAUGUCUGACAGUUAUUUUUUAUAAUAAAUGUUGAUUUUUAUCUAAUGA